AUGGCAUGUUCAAAAAUAUUUUCGGGAGCUUUACCUGAAUUAAUAAAUGAAAUUCUACCGUAUCUUAGGAAUGAUUAUAAAACCUUAUAUUCAUGUAUUUUAGUUAAUAGAUUAUGGUGUCGUUUGGCAAUUCCAUUAUUGUGGGAGGAUCCAUUUUCAAAGAAAUUUCCUAAAAAUUAUCGAUUUAUUGAAAUUUAUUUGCAUUAUUUGAAUGAUAAUGAUAAAGCAAAAUUAAACGAAUAUGGAAUUAUUACUGAUUCAUUUCCUACAAAUACAUUAUUUAAUUAUCCUAGUUUUAUUAAAUGUUUAAAAAUACAUGAAAUUUGUCUUUCUAUUAAAUUAUGGAAUGAAAAUAUUAGUUUUUUGACAAUUGAAGAACAACAUGGUAACUUUAGAAAACUUACUAAAGACUAUAACCAAGAUAUGACAUUGGCAAGGUUUAUUUUCUUGUUAUUAACCAAAAUAUUUAUCGAAUAUGAAGCUAAUUUACACACUUUUGAAUUCAAAGUUUUAAAUACUUAUUGGAAUAAAGAUAUUAAUGAUUACAUCAAAUCUACAUUUGAAAUAAUCCUACAAAAUCCAAAUUUCAUUUCUAAUAUUAAAAAUCUUAAAUUUCUUUCUGAUGGAUUAGCUAAUAAUUUGUCAGUAUUUAUAUUUCUAAAAUUUAUUUAUUCAAAUUGUAAUUCAAUUUCAUCACUUUAUAUUCAUGCUUUAGAGUAUAAUAAUGCUGAUGAAGAUUUAUCCAAAUUAAUUAAUUCACAACAAAAUCUCCAAAAAAUUUAUUUUGAUAACAGUGAUUAUUAUUAUCUAAAAAGUUUAAAAAAUUCCAAUUGUUUAAAUACUUUAAGAAUUAUUAUAUUUCAUAAUAUCUAUCUAUAUAAUUUGGAAGUUAAUUUAUUCAGUGAAGUAUUUGAGCAAUUAAAUGUUUUGGAGUCUGUUCAUAUCCUUUAUUGUUAUCCUUUAGAUUAUACCAUUAUUCAACUUUUUAACCUAACUAAACCAUUUAAAUUGAAAUCUUUACUUAUGGAUCAAAGAUCUAUAUUACAAAUUGAACCAUUAAAAUUAUUAUUACAAAAGUCUGGUGAUUACUUAGAAAAUAUUGGAUUUGAAACAUCAAUGAAUAACGAAUUGAAACUACAAUUAUUAAAUUUAAUUAAAAUUUAUUGUUUUAAUAUCAAGUUUAUAGAUUUAAAUGGAUUUGAUAAUCAAAAUAUUCUUCCAGUAUUUUAUUUAAUUAAAAAUAUUCAACGAAAUCUUAAUUAUAUUUCUAUUAAUUUCGCUAAAUUUAAUUAUCAAAAUUUUGAUCGUCACGUUGAACUUAGUUCAUUUAUAUUACGAAAUUUAGGACAAAUUCUUCCUAAUAGAUUAGAAUAUUUAAGUUUAGCUCUUAAAUUUAAUAUAAAUGAUUUGGAAGUAUUUAUUAAUAAUUCUCAAAAUAUUUUCAUUAGAAAAUUAUUAAUCAAAAAUAUAUUUUAUCACACAUGUGAAAAUCUUUUACCAUGUAUUAAAAACUCUAUUAUGAGAGAAAAAAGGGUCACAUAUUUAGCCAUAGAAAAUAAUCAUGUUUUUUCUAAUAGUGAAAGAAAUGAUCUGUUUGAUUUAAAAAAUGUAGAAGAGUUUAAAUUAUAUGGUAUUCAAGUCACAGAUUAUAAUAAUCUAUAUAUUAAACUUCAUGAUUUUAUAAACGAAUUGUAUUAG